AUGUCAUAUCAAAAUAUGACAAUGUUAUAUUGGGGGACGGGCACGGUGAUAGUCAUUUCCCUAGCGCUGCUGGUCAGGCUUCGCGAUAAACGGCAUCCUUCUACUUCCUGUCAGGCAGACGACAAUGUGGUCAUUAUCACUGGCGGCUGCAGCGGACUCGGACGAGAGAUGGCGAAUAUAUACCGAAAGAACGGAGCCAAGGUGGCUGUCCUCGAUAUACAUCUUGGAGACAGCCACAGCAUCUUAGGAGAGACAGUAAGGUACUACAAGUGUGAUGUUGCAAACGAAGAGCAAGUUGAGCAGGUGGUGAACAGGAUAGAAGUUGAAACGUUCUCAAAGACCAUCAACACCAACUUGAUGGGACCAGUACACACUAUUCGCACUAUCCUCCCGCAAAUGAUUGCCAGCAAAAGGAAUGCUAGCAUUGUUAACGUCAGCUCCGUUGUCGCACAUGUAUAUCCCGGGGGUCUGUCUGACUAUACUGCGAGCAAGGCUGCAUUGAGUGCCUUACAUCACUGCCUCGAUGCAGAGGCACGCUAUUACGGAUAUGAUGAGCGGAUUAAAUUCUUUCUUGUGGAAGUUGGACAGAUGGAGACUCCGCUUUUCAAGUGGGUGAAGACGCCAUAUGAACUACUUACCCCGGUGUUGAGUCCCAAAUAUGUUGCUGAAAAGGUAAUUACUGCUGUUGAAUCUGGCUGUGGGAGGCUCAUUCGUUUGCCACGAUAUGCGAGCUGGGCGUGCGUUUAUGAUGCUCUUCCGACUGUGAUGCAGCAGUAUGCUAGACAGUUGGGGGGUUUGGACCGGGCUAUGGCUACGUAA